UUACGAAAUCACUGGCAUUGUUCUCAGGAUGUUAGUUGUCCUGCUCGCUGGCAUCUGUGGCAUCUCUGCUAUUCCUCAAAAUGAUAUUUGGCACACCGAAACUUUCGGCUCGGCUGACGAGUGUGACAUUUGCGAUCAAACGUGUUUUAGGACGGACGAAGCCAGGUGCGAUUAUUACAAACUAGUUAAGGAGAUACUCGAGGGGAACACACAUACAGAUAGAGAGACUCAGGUUGAUACUAACGACGGAAUUGAUGACAUGAUCUUUGACUACAUGGAGAAGGUGUCCGAUGAAACGAAACGUAAAGAUUGCAUUCCAUUAAUAUCGGAACACACGACGUGUUACAGAGACAAUGUUUGCAUUGGUUGUGAAACCUGCAGUUGUGGUGUCGACGGUCGUUGGAACUGCUCCGCUAUACAACGCUGCAACCCUGAUGAUGAACUGGGUCUAGACCAUCAUACACUAGUAGUGACGAUGGAGAAUCUUAAGGACUAUAAAAAAACAAUUUUAAAUAAGAGAACCAAGAGAUCGGUACAAGGUAAGAAAAAAGAGGUGAUGAGUCACGAAGAAGCAUUGAAAUGGAUGUACGACACGACAGACUAUAAUAUAAAUAAAGGUUCCUUGAAAGCGACUACUGAGAAAAUAAGCAGUAAAGAAAUGUCCGUAAAUGAUACAGGUAAAAAUAUCAUAGUAUUUUGUUGUGACCGUAUUAACAAAGAUAACGGGGACCUUUCAAAUAACCUCAACACCGAGCCGUUAGUCUUCCAAGAUAUAUUAAAUAAUAUUAAUUUAAGAAACGAUGAAAAACACAUUUCGUUAGAGGAUAGCAGUCAUUCAGAACACACGAUGUUCCAUAAACUAGCAUCACCGAACGUGUUCAGUGACAUAAAAAAAUCAAUUCUAGCAGACACUGUAAUACUAAACUAUGACAAUGAAGAUAAUAAAAAUCAGACAGAACGAAUCAGUGACGAUGUUUUUUCGUACAUUGAUUCAGAUGUUAAUGAAAAUUAUAACUACAAAAGAGAUAUACAUAACACUCGUCGUAUACACAAAAGAGAGGUAGAUAAGGAAUCCACAUAUGACAACUCUACUGCAAGUGUAAAUGAAACGGAAAAAGCCGUCUUAGAAAUACACGAUGUUUUACAUCCUCUGGAUAGAUUUGUGGAACAAAAACAGAACGAGCUCAACAAAUUAAUUGACAUAAAGAAGAAAUUUAUCACAUACAUAAAAACAAUCACCGGCGUUAACUAUACUGAUCACUAUGAAAACUCUACGAAAGAUAAUUCACAUUUAUAUUUCAUUGAUUUGGAUUUGAUAUCGAAUUAUUCGGAGGAUUUGAGAAAACGAGACCCAAAUAUUCUCAGUAAAUAUUUAGCAAAAUUAAAAAGAGAUAUCCACGAGGUCGUAAGCGACGUUGUUGGAAUCCAAAGAUUGACGAAUUACUCGUCAAUGCCUUACGAAUUAAAAGUAUUAAUAAGAGCUAUGAAAAACUAUGUUGCUAAGGACAAAAAAGAUAAAAUUAAAAAUAUAAAAAGUACAUCAAACUCUAUUAAAUUAAGAAAAACUUUUGAUAUGAAUAUUGCUCUGGAAAAAAUAUUUUGCCCUAUCGAUGAGAUUAUUAAGGUACUUGAAGCGUUAGAUGAUAAUAUACUAAUCUCAAAUGCACCAUAUCAAUUAAGUCCAGUGGCCAGAAAAAUAAUAUUGCGACUCGUUAAAAGAUUUUACACAAAUGACUUAAAAUUUACGAGUUCAACGAUUAACCUUACUGAAAAUACAACCCAUGCUCUGAAUAAAGUAGGCGAAACUUAUGAUAAAAUGACCAUAGACAUUGCAAACGGUUCAUUAACUGAACGUCUCUAUGUAAUGAAACUGUUUCAUCUUGUCCUAUCACAGGACAUUAGAAAGCUUGCAGAUGUAUUGGCAAUAUUUCAAUUUGCGCAAAAUAGACGAAUGAUACCAAUAGAUGAUGCCACAGGAGAAAAACUCAUCGGAAGAAUAUCAACCAAUCUAAGAAGAUCGAGUCAUAGACUAAAUCAUAUUAUAGAAAUGCAGCUACUAAAACGAGGCCUUCAUUCAUCGACUGAGAGAAGUUUGAAGAAGAAGAAAUCAUUUUUAUUAACCAUCAAGACACUGUUAAGGAAUUCAAAGAGAGAGAUUAGCAGACUCCUAAGAAGAAAAAUUCCAAAAAAUGAUAUCGUGAAACACAUCGCUAGGAAAAAAAUGGAUGAAAUUAGAAAAAAUAAAAUCGCUGAAUACGAGGAAACAAUGAGGAAAUGGCAAAAAAAAUUAAAUAUCGCCACCAGAUAUAAAAGAGAGGCUGGAUGGUUUGCAAAUUUUUUUAACAGCGUAAAAAAUUUAAUUCCAGGACUACGUUCAUAUCCCAAAAAAAAGCAGACGAAGUUAAAUCAAACUGAUAAAAUUAAAAAGAAUGAUAUAAAACAAGGUUCUAAAUUGAAAAGUAUGAAUAUUUCUACGACCAGAAGAACUACGAGAAUGAAACGUAACAAGAGAAAAAAGCAGUCUACGACGACUAAUCCUGCGAAACGAAAAGUGGCAAAACCAAAACGCAAUCAAAAUAAAUAUCUCAACAAAACAUCAUAAUAAAAUACAAAUUACCUAUCAAAAUAUCCCUUAACUAAAUAACAUAAUAUCUUUUUAUCCUUUCCUUCAUAUAACAUUGAUUUAUUAAAAAAAAAAUAACAAUCAUUCAAAAAUAAACCCAUUUUCUAGCGCUCUAAUAAAUGACAUAUUAAAUGUACUAUUGUUUAAAUUAAUAUAAUAUUGGGAUAAAAUUAAUUUCAAUAUCUAUGGGCUCCUGUGUUCUUCUUGGACAAAAAUACUACAUACAGGCGGACUUUGCUCUGUAAUAAAUCUUAAGAUAUACACGAAUAUCAUUUGAUACAAUUUGUGGUCUCGAUUAGGAUGUGGGUUGCUUUCCACAUGGAAAAUUGUAUGUUGCGUGUUCCCGCGUUGGAAAACCGGAUUGCCUCUACAUGUACACAAACAGC